CUGAAACUUUGUGUUGACUCGAUUAUUUUUCUCAUGGUGAAUUUAGUUUAUUGGUAUAAUUUGUUGUAUUGUGCGAUUAUAAACAAAAAGGAACGAUUCCAAUAUCAGUCCCAGCUGUAUAGAUACUAGUACUGCAACUUUGAAGGCACGCCAGAUGUUUAAUGAGGACAGAGUAGACUCUAGUCUGGCAAACAUCAGCUGAAGAUCAUCAUCUGGAAAGCAACAUGUCGCUCAGGGAUAAACGACGUUUCGAAUGUGAAGUCUACUCAAAGAGUUGUAAAGCCAAGUCUCUUCUAGAAAUGCACAUUAGAGUUCAUUCUGGCGAAUGACCUUUCAGGUGUGGAAUGUGCUUAAAGGAUUUCUCAACCAAGGCUAACAUUAAAAGACACAUGCAGAUCCACACUGGAGAAAAACCUUUCAAAUGUGAAGUGUGUUAAAAAUGUUUUAUGCGUUGUUACGAUUUAAAACAACAUAUGAUGAUUCAUAAAGGCAACAAACCUUUCAAAUGUGAAGUAUGCACGAAAUGUUUUAAGCGUCGUUCCGACUUAAACCUACAUACGUUGACUCACACAGGCAAGACACCUUUCAUAUGUGAAGUCUGUUCCAGAUGCUUUUCACAGAGUUCCAACUUAAAGAAGCAUAUGUUGAUUCAUACUGGGGAGAAACCUUUCAAAUGUGAAGUGUGCACAAAAUGUUUUACACAGAGAUCCAUCUUAAAGCAGCAUAUGUUGAUUCAUACUGGGGAGAAACCUUUCAAAUGUGAAGUGUGUACCAAAUGUUUUAAGCGUCGUUCCCACUUAAACCUACAUAUGUUGAUUCAUACAGGCAAGACACCUUUCAGAUGUGAGGUCUGUUCCAAAUAUUUUUCACAGAGUUCCAACUUAAAGAAGCAUUUGUUGAUUCAUACUGGCGAUAAACCUUUCAAAUGUGAAGUGUGCACAAAAUGUUUUCGACAGAGUUACAGCUUAAAGAAGCAUAUGUCGAUUCAUACUGGCGAUACACCUUUCAAAUGUGAAGUGUGCACAAAAUGUUUUCGACAGAGUUACAGCUUAAAGAUGCAUAUGUUGAUUCAUACUGGCGAUAAACCUUUCAAAUGUGAAGUGUGCACAAAAUGUUUUCGACAGAGUUACAGCUUAAAGAAGCAUAUGUUGAUUCAUACUGGAGAUACACCUUUCAAAUGUGAAGUGUGCACAAAAUGUUUUCGACAGAGUUACGGCUUAAAGAAGCAUAUGUUGAUUCAUACUGGCGAUAAACCUUUCAAAUGUGAAGUGUGCACAAAAUGUUUUUCACAGAGUUACAGCUUAAAGAAGCAUAUGUUGAUUCAUACUAGCGAUAAACCUUUCAAAUGUGAAGUGUGCACAAAAUGUUUGACAUGUAGUUCCCUCUUGAAAAAACAUAUGUUGGUUCAUACUGGCGAGAAACCUUUCAAAUGUGAAGUGUGCCCAAAAUGUUUUUCACAGAGUUCCAACUUAAAGACGCAUAUGUUGAUUCAUACUGGGGAGAAACCUUUCAAAUGUGAAGUGUGCACAAAAUGUUUUAAGCGUUAUUCCCACUUAAACCUACAUAUGUUGAUUCAUACUGGCGAGAAACUUUUCAAAUGUGAAGUGUGCACAAAAUGUUUUACACGGAGUUGCAACUUAAAGAAGCAUAUGUUGAUUCAUACUGGGGAGACACCUGUCAACUUUUUUCUGGCAUUAUGUGCUAGCUGUAUAGAUAUUAGUACUGCAACUUUCAAGGCACGUCAGCUGUUUACGGAGCACUGGCAAACGUCAUCAGCUGAAGACCUGCAUCUGGAAACCAACAUGUCGCUCAGGGAUAAACGACGUUUCCAAUGUGAAGUCUGCUCAAAGAGUUGUAAAGCCAAGUCUCUUCUAGAAAUACACAUGCGUGUUCAUACUGGUGAAAGACCUUUCAGGUGUGGAAUGUGCUUAAAGGAUUUCUCAACCAAGGGUAACAUUAAAAGACACAUGCAGAUUCACACUGGAGAAAAACCUUUCAAAUGUGAAGUGUGCAAGAAAUGUUUUACGAAGAGUUUACACUUGAAUGUACACACGCUGAUUCAUACUGUUGAGAGGCCAUUCAAAUGUGAAGUGUGCACGAAAUGUUUUAUGCGUUAUUGCCAUUUAAAACAACAUAUGAUGAUUCAUAAAGGCAGCAAACCUUUCAAAUGUGAAGUGUGCACAAAAUGUUUUAUGCGUUGUUACGAUUUAAAACAACAUAUGAUGAUUCAUAAAGGCAACAAACCUUUCAAAUGUGAAGUGUGUAUGAAAUGUUUUAACCGUCGUUCUCACUUAAACCUACAUAUGUUGAUUCAUACAGGCAAGACACCUUUCAAAUGUGAAGUCUGUUCCAAAUGUUUUUCACAGAGUUCUAAUUUAAAGACGCAUAUGUUAAUUCAUACUGGCGAUAAAGCUUUCAAAUGUGAAGUGUGCACAAAAUGUUUUACAUGGAGUUCCCGUUUAAAGCAGCAUAUGUUGAUGCAUACUGGGGAGAAACCUUUCAAAUGUGAAGUGUGCACAAAAUGUUUCAAGUGUUGUUCCCAUUUAAACCUACAUAUGUUGAUUCAUACAGGCAAGACACCUUACAGAUGUGAGGUCUGUCCCAAAUGGUUUUCACAUAGUUCCAACUUAAAGAACCAUAUGUUGAUUCAUACUGGCGAGAAACCUUUCAGAUGUGAAGUGUGCACAAAAUGUUUUACACAGAGUUCCAACUUAAAGCAGCAUAUGUUGAUUCAUACUGGGGAGAAACCUUUCAAAUGUGAAGUAUGCACAAAAUGUUUUGCACAUAGUUUCAGCUUAAAACAACAUAUGUUUAUUCAUACUGGCAAGAAACCUUUCAAAUGUGAAGUGUGCCCACAAUGUUUUGCACACAGUUCCAGCUUAAGACAACAUAUGCUCAUUCAUACUGGGGAGAAACCUUAUAAAUGUAAAGUGUGCACAAAAUGUUUUACUCAGAGUUCCAGCUUAACACAUCAUAUGUUGAUUCAUACUGGCAAGCCACCUUUCAAAUGUGAAAUCUGUUCCAAAUGUUUUAUACAGAGUUCCAGCUUAAAGCAGCAUAUGUUGAUUCGUAAUGUGGAGAAACUUUUCAAAUGUGAAUGCAACUUUGGAGGCACGUCAGAUGUUUACUCAGCACAGAAUAGACUAGUCUGGCAAACGUCAGCUGACGAUCUUCAUCUGGAAAGCAAAAUGUCGCUCAGGGAUAAAGGGUGUUUCCAAUGUGAAGUCUGCUCAAAGAGUUGUAAAGGCAAGUCUCUUCUAGAAAUACACAUGCGUGUUCAUUCUGGUGAAAGACCUUUCACGUGUGGAAUGUGCUUAAAGGAUUUCUCAGCCAAGCCUAACAUUAAAAGACACAUGCAGAUCCACACUGGAGAAAAACCUUUCAAAUGUGAAUUGUGCACGAAAUGUUUUACACUGUGCACAAAAUGUUUCAAGCGUUCUUCCCACUUAAACCUACAUAUGUUGAUUCAUACUGGCAAGACACCUUUCAAAUGUGAAGUGUGCACAAAAUGUUUUGCACAGAGAGUCAACUUAAAGCAGCAUAUGUUGAUUCAUACUGGUGAGAAACCUUUCAAAUGUGAAGUGUGCACAAAAUGUUUUACACGGAGUUCCAGCUUAAACAAACAUAUAAUGAUUCAUACUGGUGAAAGACCUUUCAAAUGUGAAGUGUGCCCAAAAUGUUUUGCAUAUAGUUCCAAAUUAAAGCGGCAUAUGUUGAUUCAUACUGGUGAGAAACCUUUCAAAUGUGAAGUGUGCACAAAAUGUUUUACUCGGAGUUCCAGCUUAAGACAACAUAUGUUGAUUCAUACUGGUGAGAAACCUUUCAAAUGUGAAGUGUGCACAAAAUGUUUUGCUUAUAAAUCCAGCUUAAAACAACAUAUGUUGAUUCAUACUGGUGAGAAACCUUUCAAAUGUGAAGUGUGCACAAAAUGUUUUGCACAGAGUUCCAGCUUAAAGCAGCAUAUGUUGAUUCAUACUGGUGAGAAACCUUUCAAAUGUGAAGUGUGCACAAAAUGUUUUACUCGGAGUUCCAGCUUAAGACAACAUAUGUUGAUUCAUACUGGGGGGACUGAACUGAAGACGUAGAUUGAGUGACAUGACUCUAGACAAAAAAGUGUAUUCAUCUCUCAUGAGGAUUUUGUGACUGAAUAAAAAGAAGUAGACAAUAAUCCAGCUUUUAAUUAUUUAUUCAUUGAUUUUCUUAGUUGACUCAAAACAUAUAUUAACUGUAUUUUAAGACUAUAUGUCAGAAUUAACAAAUAAAUUACCUCCAGUAGCCGA